AUGGCCUACGCCUACGAGCCAGUCAGCAUGUCAAGCAUAACUACCCCACAACACGAUUGUCAGUCGCAGUUGAUGGUAUACGAAGGAGGCCAUACCUUACUGGCCAUAUGUGUGCGUAGCACGUGGACACUGCACCAAGAGAGCAAACUUUGCGCGUGCCACAAAAGUCUCAAACCGAAGGCUAUGACUCAGCUUUUUCGUCUCGUGUUCUUGCCGCACUACACGGCUUCGCUCACUCUCACAUUAUGUUGGCCACUUGAUCGCUUCCAGGCCAUGUCGCCGUUGUUGUUGAUGUCACACUCUUACGUUUAUAGUCUGUGUACGUCGACAGAUCAGCCACAUGAUUGUACGGCGAUGAAUACCAAGGAGUGA